ACAUCAUUAAUAGCGUAUAAGAGAAAAUCUUAUAUAUUUAUUCCGUAAUGUGUUUUGUGUGGAACUUACGUAGGUUGCCGGUGUUCGUUGGUCGUUUCUUUUACAAGUUAGCCAUAUGGCUACCUGGAAGUAGUCGGUGCUUUGAUUGAUUCAUUUGAAGUCAGCAAAUCAUGGCUGGCUUCAGGCAGGAGGAUGUGGAGCUGUACUAUGAAAUGGGAGAGGAGUUAGGAAGUGGGCAGUUUGCUAUUGUGCGUAAAUGUAAAGACAAGAGCAGCGGAACAGAAUAUGCUGCUAAGUUUAUCAAGAAGAGACGGCUGUCAUCUAGCCGACGAGGUGUGAGCCGAGAGGAGAUCGAGCGAGAGGUGAACAUCCUUCGAGAGAUCCAGCACAGCAACAUCAUCACCCUCCAUGACAUCUUUGAGAACAAAACCGAUGUGAUCCUGAUUCUGGAGCUGGUGUCUGGAGGGGAGCUGUUUGACUUCCUGGCUGAGAAGGAGUCACUGACUGAGGAGGAGGCCACGCAGUUCCUCAAGCAGAUCCUGGAUGGAGUUCACUACCUCCACUCGAAACGCAUAGCACACUUUGACUUGAAGCCUGAGAACAUAAUGCUGCUGGACAAAAAUGUGCCGAACCCCAGAAUCAAGCUGAUAGAUUUUGGAAUUGCUCAUCAGAUUAAGGACGGAAAUGAAUUUAAAAACAUCUUUGGAACUCCUGAAUUUGUUGCACCAGAAAUAGUGAAUUAUGAGCCUCUUGGCCUGGAGGCAGAUAUGUGGAGCAUCGGAGUUAUCACAUAUAUACUCUUGAGUGGUGCUUCUCCGUUUCUUGGCGAGACCAAACAAGAAACACUUACCAACAUUUCAGCUGUCAACUAUGACUUUGAUGAAGAGUACUUCAGCAACACAAGUGAGCUCGCCAAGGACUUCAUUCGCCGACUGCUGGUCAAGGAUCCAAAGAAGAGAAUGACAAUCGAGGACAGUCUCCAGCACCCCUGGAUCAAGGUGAUCAAGAGGCGUAACGUUCGACCUGAGGAGAGCGAGCGCAAGACAGAGCGCAGGCGUCUGAAGACCACCCGUCUGAAGGAGUACACCAUCAAAUCCCACUCCAGCAUGCCUCCCAACAACACCUACAUCAACUUUGAGCGCUUCUCGCAGGUCAUGGAGGAGAUCGCAGUGGCCGAGGAUGGCCUGCGAGAGCUGGAGAAGAACCAGCGCUCCUGCGCUGAGGACGUGGCCGCUCUGCUCUCCAUCUAUGAGGAGAAAGAAAGCUGGUACAAGGAGGAGAACGAAAGCAUCGCUGCAGAUCUCAAUCAGAUCAAACAGGAGCUGCAGAGAGCACAAGCCCUGCGCAGACAGAGCCAGGAAGAGGCCCGCGCCACCAUGCUGUCAGCCAAUGCCCUCAAACGCAAGUUUGGCCGGUUGGAGAACCGCUAUGAAGUGCUCGCUGAGCAGAUGGUCUCCGAGGUGCGCUGGGUUGAAGAGCUGGUGCGCUCAAUUUCAGCUGAAAAUGACACUCGCAGCACCAGCAUGGCUUGAGCGGCUCUGUUUGCUUUCUGAAUGCAGUGACUAUCUAAUAUCUUCGCUUGGUAUGUGCAGGGCAUAUAUAGAGUAUUAAACUUUGCAAUAAGCUUCAUGUAAGCCUGUAGAGUUCAUGUUACUCCUAGAACAAAAGCAAUGCAAAUGGUAUUUUCUAUAAAUGCUGAGUGAGGGUGUGCAUGUGUUUCGCCUGUGCAUUGCAGUAUCCUUAUGUGAUGCCAGUCUGUUAAAGCUGAAGCAAGCAUUUAGUAUUUUUAUUAGUCACCUCAAAAAUAUACAUGCUGGAUCAGUAGAUUUAUUUACAACUCUAUUACAGCACUAAGAGCAAAGCAUAUUAAUGUACAUUGUGAGUAAUGCACUACACAGUCCUCUAUGAGGAAUUGAAGAAUCUCAAGAUGCCAGUUGCUUUUGUUGCUCUGCAUGUCCACUUUUCCUAUGCAAAUCGAAUUCUAAUUUUAUGAUAUGAGACAAAGGAAACGACUUCUACACUUAUGAUAGUCCUAAAUGCUGUCUUGAAUGAUCUGUACAUAUAUCGAAUAUUAAGUAAGCUGCUUCUGUAUCUAUGAAUAUGACAAUUUAAAGGGAUAGUUCACCUAAAAACGAAAGUUUGGCCUUUACUCGCUUUCAUAAAAUUCCAAAUCCGUUUGACUUAUUUUUAUUUAUUUUUUUGUGGAAAGCUGUUUUAAAGAUAUUUUAAAAAUCUUUUUUUUCUUUGCCAUAGUAUAUCAAAACUAGUGCUGUCAACUGAUUAAUCGCAUCCAAAAUAAAAGUUUUUGUUUACAUAAUAUAUGUGUGUGUGCUGUGUAUAUUUAUUAUGUUUAUAUAAAUACACACACAUGCAUGUAAAUAUUUUCAAAAUAUAUGCUGUAUGUGUGUGUCUUUAUAUAUACAAAAUAAAUAUACACAGUACACACACGUAUUAUGUAAACAAAAACUUAUUUUGGAUGCGAUUAAUCGUUUGACAGCACUAAUCGAAACAUUUGUGUUCCACAGAAAAAGAAAGAUUUGAGGUUUGUUUGGAACGACAUGAGGGCGAGUAAAUUAUGAUAGAAUUUUUAUUUUUUGGGUGAACUAUUGUUAAACACUUUUGUUCAAAACACACUUCAAACAUUCCAUUUUUUUUUUUUUUUGUAUGACAUUCCAUAUGUGAG